CUCCUGGGGCGAAGCUGCCUCCAGGGAGUGGGGAUCGCUGAGCGCUCGCUGCGCUCGGCUGGCCCGAGCUGCGAGCUGAGCCGAUGCGUCGAGCUGUGCAGAGCCGGGCCCGGCAGUGCGCCGGUGAACUCCGACGAAAUUGCUCGCGUCGGCUCUCUUCUCUUCUGCCUCGCCGGUGCUUUCAGCGCUGAUCUUCUCGUACACUCGCGGGAGACUGGACAGCCGAGUGGACCUGGGCCGGCGAAAUGUGGAGGAUACUGCUCGCCACCUUUUGCGCGGUCGCGGCGACUGUUGCGCAAGACUACGAGGUGUCGGACAUCCAGUGCAGCGGCGCCAGCUCGACCUCGGACCUGCUCACCGCGAAGAUCAGGCGGCCGAUCGGCUUCAGAGGUGGUCCCCUCUUCGCGGAUGACAGAGCCGCCGAUCCGCUCGUCGACAUCCACUGCCAGAUCCGACCGGACCCCAACGAUCCACAGGAGGACAACUACUUCCUCAAAGUAACGGACUUUACGCGCUGCGGCAUACUCAAGCGCAAUGGCUUCAUCCAUUUGAGGAUAUGGUUUCCGGCCUUCCCCGGAGUUGUCAUGCUCGCUGACCAAGAAUUGAUCCUAAUGUGUCGUCCGCCCGAGCCGACGCUGCUGCGCCACAAAGCCGCGGGAUUCGCUGGGACUUUUCCACACGGCGCCCGAGUCUCCGGCGUGGUCGAGGAGACCCCGGGCCGUCUCGAGUACGAGGUCGCCCUGUACCGCGAGGCAUCCGGCAACGCCACCGAGCCCAGCUCGAGCACCCCCUCGGCCCCGGGCACAGGCAACGCGGCAUCUCAGACCGUCGACCAAGCCGUUCCCAUAGGCACGAAGCUCCAGCUCCGCGCUCGCAUCAGCCCCGAGAGCGCCUGGGGCUACAUCAAGCUCCUCGAGGUCACCGUCAGCCCCGACCCCGACCAGCCCCACGCGCCAGGAAGCGUCGUCCUCGUGAAGGACGGCUGUCGCAACCGGGACUUCGCCUCGAUCAUCCCGCACCAGCCCGCCAGGUACAGGGACCGGAAGAACGAGGUCUUCCUCGACUUCGAAGCUUUCCUGCUGAGCUCCAUGAGGGACCGGUCCACGCUGUGGAUCCACUCGCAGAUCAAGGCCUGCAUGGAGCCGCAGGACUGCCAGCCGGACUUUUGUCUGGAUCUGUUCGAGCCGUCGGGUCACGGAAAGAGAAGAAAGAGAGCAGUCGAGCCGGCGCAGGGAAACGUGACCGAGUAUUCGCCGAGAGUAGGACGACUGAUUCAGCGAUACAACGACUCGACGCCGACGACGAAAUUCAAGGAAAACAUCGAGUACACCGUUAUCAUGCCCGACGAUCUGUACGACCGGGUGGCGGCGAACCUGGAGGGCAGCUGCGGCAACUUCCUCUACGUGGCCGCGGGUCUGGGCGGUCUGCUCGUCCUCUCGGCGCUGAUGAUGUGUUACCUGGCGUCCCGCCUACACAGCCUCUCGGUCUCGCUGCCGAUGCAGGGCAAAUCGAUCGACGAUCUUGUGCGCGACCGCGCGAGGAAGUACUGCGACGUCGCGCCGGGAUACACCGGCCGCUCGACCGUGCAGUAAUGCGGCCGCUCCCCUUUCGCUCUCUUUUAUCUCUUUUAUCUCUCUCUCCUCUCUCUCUCUCUCUCUCUCUCUCUCUCUCUCUUCCUCUACUCUUCUGUCCUGGAAAAAUGAUGGGCUGCUGAGGGAGAGGCCGCGUGUGCACUGACCAGCGACGCCGGGGCCAUUCGAUAUCGCCGACGCGUGGGAGGCUCCGAUUCGAUUUCUGCUGAUGGAUGAUCGAGGUGGUUCCGAGGACGAUGAUGAUGAUGAGGAGGAGGAUGCGGCGUCUAACGGCGAAUUUGAAUGCGCGGCGUCGCUCCGACGAGUGUAUUAGAGAUUUUAUUACGUGUACUGCCCGGUGAGUAGAUUUGGCUGCGUUAAAAAUUGAAUUGGUUUUUUUAUCUGAUUAGCCCUACAGAUCUGCUCAUCGGGUCGUCUUUAGUGAUUAUACUAAACUGACACCUUGCUUUCGAUAACUUAAUUUUACACUAUUUAUUUGUCUAUGAUACUACGCAAUCGACUGAUUUCUCGACAGAGUGAUUAAACGUGAAUUUGAUGACGUGCAUUUGUAAAGAUGACAGUCAAAUUUGCAUUUCGCCAACGUUCUUUCCAAAAGACUCUGUUUUCCUUUUAUCUAGACGUCGUUAUCAAUACUCAAAGUCAUAAGAUAACGUAGAAUUAAAACGAUUGUUUCACUCGUAUGAAUAUCUCGCAUUGUAACAGGAAAACCUAAUUUUAGAUAUAGAUUCAUAAGUCCGAAAUGAAUGCUAUUGCGUGACCUGAAUGUGCGAGCACUAUAUAAGUGAAAAUAGUUUUAUGCAAAGCAUGCAUUAACUUUUAGGGUAUACCUUGAUGGCCGGAUGUAACGAUUAUCCGAGACUGACGCACACAACAGAUUUUAAUAUUAAUUGGUUUAAGGUUUCGUUUAAGGCAAGUUGCCUUUGGUGCGUGUACAUAGACGUAUUUUAUAAUUAGAACAAAUGUAGUGCCACCAAUACAUUUCAUCGUAUGUACCUUGCGAGUAUUAUACAACCGACUUUCCUUUCAUUAUUGCAAUGACUUGGGUUGGUGAGCACGAUUAUCGAUAUUUUAUUCCUCAUUCGCAAUAAUUUACUUAAAAUAUUGAAAUGUGUAAAAGAUUAUUAAUAAUUUUGUAUGCGAGCAUUCGAUCAGCAACUAAACUGAUACGCAUUUGUUGCUUGAACCUCUGUUUUUGAAUAAAAUUACGAUAGUUCGAUUGUACGUAAAUUUAUACUGACAAUAAAGUAAAAUUUCAAUAAUAACAAAUGGUGUAAAAUGACAAAUUGAAUUUAUUGGUCAAAUAAUCUUAUAUAAUUUUGCUAAAAGUAUAUCAUGCUUUGUGGUUCUAAAACAAUGUAGUAAAACAUCGAAAUCCAUCGAUUCUAAUAUAAUAGAACAAAACGAUAAAAAUAACUUUCUAAGAAUAAAAAAAA